AUGGCGGAGGUGUUGGAACACAAAGGUAGAUGUUGGAUUACAACAGGAAUUGUUAGAAGCAGUAACAAGAUUUAUUUAUCGAUUGAGGAGACAUUUACUGAUGAUAUGGUGCUUUCUUUAACAGAUAUGUAUUUCAUGCUUAACGAGGGAAGGAACGGGUGUACUUGGGAUUCUUUCCUGGUUUAUAAGCACUUGAAGUCACGUGGAUAUAUUGUUGGUCGUCAUGGUGUUCAGUGGACCUUGAAGAAUGAGAGUUACCCCUCUACUCCUACUUGUAUCGGGGACUCAAAAAACAGCAGUGGAAUAUCAGUUAACGAAUUGGAACAGGGGUUCGAAAUUACUGAUGGUUUCAGAAAUAUGCAAAUGAACAACGCAGCAAAACCAGUUUUUGAUUUGUAUUUACCUAGCAACAAAUUCAAGAAGUCUUCUCCUGGUGUACCGGAUUCCGUAGUAUAUCUAACCACCAGGGGUGAUGAUAGUCCACCACAACUGUCAAAAGAAGAGAUUGAAGAGCUAGAGAUUAGGUGCAAAGGUGUUGCUGUUAAGGUCUUUAAUGUUGAUAAAUUGGGUCGGGUCAAAAAAAUUGCGUAUGAAAAGACCGAGGUCCCUCUCUUACCAUGA